AUGAUCACCGUGGCGCCAGGCCCACUUUGUCUUGCGAGAAAGGAGACGUGGGAGCCGUCGGUGUUCCGGCCCCCCGCACGCUUCACAAAGACCGCGCCACCGUCCAACGGGGCCGUGGCGCUCUUGCCACGGCCGUGGUACUCGGGAAGCGGUGCAACUCCAGAAUCGACCCCAAAGGAGCCCCGUUUGGUGCCGCCGCCAGCGCUAGGGCAGUCGGCGUGUCUGGAACCCGCGCUUGACUCUGACACUUUGCCCCCUGUGAGCAGCAGCAGCAGUUUCCCUUGGCUAAGCGCGGAAGUGAGCAUCUUCUCCCACGCCUUUACGGCGGACGCAACCAAGACGAGGGUUUACCCUGUGGAAAUGUUUCUUUCAGCCCGACGCGAUGCGGCCCACACACCGUACGGCGUGCUUCGCUGGGUGGUGCGGCAGUACUUGCGGGUUCCGUCGCUAAAGGUUCCUGUCCACCUUCAGCUCUCACUGCAUGAGGCGACGGAGCACGACGAUGGCCCUAAACGUGGGACGCUCGGCUGCAGUCUGAAGGGCGGCAGGUCACGUGCGAAACCUGUUCGACUCACUCACCACAAGGUGAUGUCGAUUCUCAGUCGCAUUACACGAGCCAAGUACGAUGUUCUUAUGGAGGAACUGAUGCUGCUCCCGCUGCGGCAGGUGGAGGACGCGGAGUUGUUGGAGAUUUGCAAGAUUGUCUUUGAAAAGGCCGUGCAGGAGCCUGCGUACUGCGGCCUUUACGCGCGCCUUGCGCAAGACAUCUGCGCCGUGAAGGAUGGCGAGCGCGACUCGGAGUCGCGCGACCAAAGUUUCUCACGACGAUUCCGUCGCAUGUUAAUUGCGUCGUGCGAGGAACAGUUUCAUCGCCCCUUGCAACUCUCCGCGGAUGAACUGGUCGACCGCACGACGGGGGCACCGUUGAGCGAGGAGGAGGUGGAGGGAAAGCGCAGUCGAUUGAAGGGUCGCCUCGUUGGCAACAUUCGUUUUGUCGCGGAACUCUUCAAGAUCGGUUUUGUUACAGAGCGCGUCAUUGACGACAUCAUCCGCAUCCUUGUGAAGGACUAUUCGCCCGAUGAGCCCACCGCCAAGGAGGAGGCGGUGUUUGAGGUCUUUCAGACGCUGCUGCGCCACACGGGGGCAGUGCUGAAGAAGAAAAUGCCGAAACUCCUCGCACAGGCGCUGGGCAUUGCGAAGUCCAUUGAGUUGUCGCACCCCAAACCGCGGGUGGUGUUCCUGAUGAUGGACCUAAGUGACUUGAACCGGGCGAAUGGGUGGGUGGCAGCGGAGUUGGUGCAGCGGCACGUGCAGCAUCCAAAGGCCGGCAGAGGCGCGAGCGCCAUCGCUGCACUCAAGGAAAAAGAGCCCAGUGUCGUCUCCCCAACGUCUCCAGGUUCUCUGGCCUCACCACAGGAGCGAAAGUCGGUGAGUAAGCCACCGGAGCUUAGCGUGAGGGCCCCGCCACUACAGCACCUCGUUGGGGAGGAUCAGAGCGGAGGGAGUCAAAAUCAAUUAAACACGCAUAAGCCCCGCGGCCACAGCAAGGAUGUUAGCAGGGAGGAUGGAAAUGGCAACGGCUCCUGCAGUAUUAACAGUAAUGGCAACACCAGUAAUAAUAAGAACACCAGUGAUAUGAUCCAAUCUCCGCCUCAAACGAAGGAGCGGGGCUCUCGUGGACAGCAUCAACCCUACGGCCAGCUUGUCCUUACGCAUCUUGCCAGUGGAAGCACUGAGAAUCGUUUCAAUAGCAGUAUGGAUUCCUUACAACUCAACAGCCCCUUAACUCCUGUUUGUUUGGGACCGGACUCUGGGGUUCAACCCCAGGCGGAUAUGCGACCACAUCACAUCGGCGCGAGUCUCGCACACGCCGCAAGUGACGGGCCAGGAUCUCCAUGUGGAAGCUUCAGCAACACAACGCUUACUGACACGACGGUAAAUAUCAAGGAUGUCACGGAGCAGUUGAUGAGCCUUUUUCGCAACGGUGAGGAGACAGCGGCCGUGUCCAUGUUGCGGGGCAUGGAGCUGAAAAACGUGGUGGUAUGCCUUACCUGGUGGUUGCGCCUUGCAACUACCAGGACGUCUUCAUUUGAGGACCGCAAAAAAGUGCCAUCGCUUCUUUCCGCCUUGCUAAGUAAUUGUGGCGGUGCGUAUGAUGCGAGGACUCUCUUUUCAACAAUCUUGGAGUGGAUUCGCUUUGAUGUGGAAAAGGGCGAAUACGACAAUUGUCCACGCAUGUUUGAAAACAUGGCACAGAUGAUUCUCCACUGCCACCUCCCCUGCAAUGAUGCGUUGCCGCACGUGGAUAAGGUGCGUAACAUGAUGCAGUGCGGCCUCUUUAACGUGCUCUUGCGGGAGCUAACGAUAAGCGGAGGGACGGAUCAGAUGGUGACGGUGGUAAAGAGCUGUUACCCUGUCAGCCUGCAGCUGCUAAACAAUCUGCAUGAUCCUGACGAUGAGCGGCAGAUCUUGCGCAUUGCGGCUCAGAAUCGCUUUCGGCUGCUUCCAUACUUGUUGAGCGUGAGCUCGGGAACGAGCAACGCGAUGCCCGGGACACCAUCUAUGCGUCCACGGGGGCCACCGUCGCCGUCGUUCUCGCUACGCAGCAGCCCACUCGGGGACUCCUUCGCAAGCACCGGGCACUACGACCCACUGGCGCAGUGUUUGGUGUUUGCGCGUGUCUCAGAGGACCCUGAGUUUGUGCUGUUUCGCAAGAUUCGCGACGCGGCGGCGGAAGCGGGUGCUUUCUCCCCGGCGACGCCACCGCGGUGGCGCGACGAGGCCGUCCAAUUGGCGUUGAGUCCUCUGGGCAACAACUCCACUGUGUGCGAGUUGAUUGCGGUGAUGCGGGUGGUGGGCGCCGUGCUUGCGUGCUCCUGCGUGUCCGGAAACAACGACCGCAUGCUGGCCUCAAGCGCCGAUGUGGAUUACGUCGUGGACGCGAUACUCAGCAAGCGGCCCGGCAUUCUCUACCAGGGGGCCGUGGCAAUGGAGCUUAUCAUGUACCAUACACAGACGCUUAACGACGUGGCGGAGGCGUCCAAGGCGGACGCCAUGCGGCUUCGCCCGCUCAAGCGCAUGUUUGACAACUGGUGCGCGCACGACAUUAUGCAUCGCGCCGCCGUGCUUGAGCUGCUCGACGCUCUUGAAUGUGCGGGAGAUCGUUUCAGCGUUUACUCGGCGUACCACGAUAAUGUUGCGGAUGUGGCGUGGCAGCUUACACUGCGGCACCUGCGCGGCUACUGA